AUGGCUUCCCAAAUCCUGACGCCGGAGCAACACCAAAAUGCCUUCCACUGGGCCGAGACGCAAAAGAACGGCACCGUGCCGUCCUUUGCCACGCGCCACAAUGACCCUUACAAGUAUCAGCCGGGCUUUGGCAACAGCUUCGAGUCCGAGGCCAUCCCUGGCGUGAUCCCGCGUGGCCAGAACAGCCCGCGAUCGAUCCGCUUCGGCCUCUACGCCGAGCAGAUGACGGGCUCGUCCUUUGUCGCGCCCCGUGCCGCCAACAAGAAGGCCUGGCUGUACCGCUCCCGGCCGGCCGUGGCCCAUCAGGGCUUCACAGACCUGCCCGACCUCCAGGACACCGAGUCCAGCUUCCUGACUAUAAACCCGCGCGUACACAUCUCGCCAACUCAGCUCGCCUGGAAGCCCGCGCCCAUCCCGCAGGGCGAGGACCUCGACUUUGUCAGCGGCCUCAAGACGGUGGCUGGCGCUGGCGACCCGACCCUGCGCGAGGGCCUCGCCACGCACGUCUACCUGUGCAACAAGAGCAUGACCAAGAACGCCUUUGUCAACUCGGACGGCGACUUCCUCAUCGUCCCGCAGCAGGGCGCCCUCGACAUCCAGACCGAGUUUGGCUUCCUCUACGUGCAGCCCGGCGAGGUCUGUGUGAUCCAGCGCGGCCAGCGCUUCAAGGUCAAUGUCGAGGGCCCGACACGGGGCUACAUCCUCGAGAUCUGGGGCUCCAGCUUUGAGCUGCCGGAGCUGGGCCCGCUGGGCGCCAACGGGCUCGCCAACGCCCGCGACUUCCUGCACCCCGUGGCCGCGUACGAGGUCACCAAGGACGACCCCUGGACCGUCACGUACAAGCUCGGGGGCAAGUUCUUCGCCUCGCGGCAGAACCACUGCCCCUUUGACGUCAUUGCGUGGCACGGCAACUACGUGCCCUACAAGUACGACCUGACCAAGUUUGUCAACGUCGGCUCCAUCAGCGUCGACCACAUCGACCCGAGCAUCUUCUGCGUGCUGACGGCCAAGUCGCGCGACCCGGUGAGCCCGCUAUGCGACUUCCUCAUCUUCAGCCCGCGCUGGGACGUCGCGUCGCACACCUACCGCCCUCCUUACUACCACCGCAACUGCGCGUCCGAGCUCAUGGGCCUCAUCUACGGCGAGUACGGCGGCCGUUCGGACGAGUUCCAGCCGGGCAGCAUCUCGUUCGAGUGCGGUUUCGUCCCGCACGGCGUCGCGUACGAGCAGUUCGCCAUGGCGUCAAAGGCGGACCCGCCAGUCAUGCAGAUCUCGGGGGGCUCAAUUGCCUUCAUGUUUGAGAGCAGUCGCGCGAUGACCAUUACCGACUGGGCGUGGAACAGCAAGGAGAAGCAUGAGCACGACCCGAAGAUGUGGGAUGAUUUGGUGGACAACUUCUCGAACCACAAGAUUGAGGUUGACGAGGCGCUCAAGGAGGCUGGGCUGCCUCUCAAGGGUAGUCAGUGA